AUGCUUCCAUCGACUGGUUAUUUUAAAUCGAUUACUUGUCCAUUUUAUGACAACGGUUCUUGUGAUAGACCCUAUUGUCACUUUAAGCACCUACGUCGAGAUGCCUCAUCGAUAUCAGCAUCAGUGGUAUCCAGCGUGUCUGUGGAUUCACAGUCAGAGAGGAAUCAAAAAAGAGGAGCCGCCACCAGCACCACCACCACUGCCACAAUAAACUCUAGCACAACCGCUUUACAAUUAAGUAGCGCUAUUUCCGCAACUGAUUCUCAGACAAUCCAGCAGCUUGUUACUGAAGCGGUCACUAAAGUUCUAGCAGACCAGAAUGUCACCAACAAGGAGCAAGUAUCAGAGACAAUAGUAUCAAAAGUAGUGGAGGGUCUCAAGCCGUCUUUGACGGUAGGAAAACACGUUGGCGUACCGCAGCUGAUAUCAAAACCGCCGUGUGUUUACAAUCCUACUCCGAUAGCCGAAUUGAAGAAACGUCAUAUAGCAGUGCCGGUUUAUAUGCCCACCAGGGAAAGUAAAGUCGCUGUUAAAAGAAAAACCUCCGACGAUGGAGUUAAACCUUGGCUAAGUUGUCUACCUGAUUCUAUAAAAACAAAACCCUCUGAAAUAACAUACAAACCUACGGCUAUUAAUACAAUAAAUGCAAUUAAUGAUAGUAAUAAAAAUAAAUCUUCUGACAAUUGUUAUGUACCGACAGCUAAAGGCGAUUCCUCGACGAUUAACUAUGAAGAUCGUUCCAGUGAGUACAUUGUCAGCAGUUCUAAGAGUAAAAAAGAAGCUUACUGUCCGAAGCCGAAGAAACGGAGGGAAGAAUAUGUCCCCAAGAUGGUUAAAGCUCCUCUUAAAUCAUUGGAACAGCUCGAUGAUUGCGCGAUGGAUGACUUCGAGCCGGAAUUUAGUAUGCUGGAUGAGAUAUUGGUGUCUUCUAGCACCAACGCUCAUCAACUAGACUAUAAUCCUAUGAAAAGUUACUAUACGGUCGAGCCUAAGUUUUCAGAUGACGAAAAUGAGGAUCUUGGUACGGGUGAUGCUGCUAGUGCUAGAGUAGUAGAUAUUUCAACCAAAGAAGUACAAAAAUCAUCGAAUAAGACUAUUUGUAAAGAUAAAAUAGUUGUUAUUGAAAAUAAUGUAAAAGAUAAAUUGGACGAGUUAAAUAGUAAAGAUGAUGAUAAUAAUGGAGAAUCACGUAAAGAUUGUGAUGGAAAAAAAAUUAUUAAUAAAAAAGAUGAUGAAAGAAGCAAAGAGCGUAGUAGUCAUAGUAAAAGUAGCAGUAGAAGUAAGAGUAAUAGUAGUAGUAGUAGUAGUAGUAAAACUAGUAGUAGUAAGAGUAGUAAGGACAGAAAUGAUAAGAAAGAUGAUAAAAAAAGUUCGAGUUCGAGUGACCGGCAUAGAUCCUCGAGUAAGCGCAGUGACAAAUCCAAGGACAGUAAGGAGAAGAGUUCUUCCAGGAGCAAAGAUAAGUCAAGAUCGCAUCGAGAUUGUGAUCGUGAGAAGAGUUCGAGUUCCAAGGAGAAUGACAGGCAUCACAAGUCUAGUAGACAUAAACACGAGUCUUCCAAGUCUGGAGAUAAAAAGUCCAGUAAAAGCAAUAGUAAAAAUAAUGACGCGGAUAAUCACAAAAAAAAAAAUGAAGCUGAUAAAAAAAUGGACAUUGACUCUUAUAAUGAUGUUAAUACGGGUGAAUUUGAACAUGCUGGUUUUAUUAAUGAAGAUGAGUUGAUGGAAACAAGCGACUCUGAUCAUGACGUCGAAGAGGAAUGUCUUAAAAUUUUUCAGGAGUAUCAGGAAAGUGAUCAUCCCAAAGGAGUCACAAGUAAAAGUGAUCCUAAACCAGAUAUUGAAGUCGAAGCUGAGGAUGUCGGAAAAAAACGUGUCGCUCAUGCUCUGGCUGCAAGUACCGUUGCCCGAAGUCACCUACCAAGCCAACCAUUAAAACGAUUGCCCAAUCCUCAGCAACGAAUGUAUGAGCGCUGGAAACUGACCCGUGAAGCUACGACUGAUAAAACUAAACCUCCGGUUACGGGUGACAAGGACGUCUUCAGUUCUGUGGUAGAAAAGCCACAUGUUAAUGGCACUGGUCGUGUAAGAAUAGCGCCAGUACCUUACGCAAAAUCUUUGGAGCAAGCUAAGAAAAAAGUGCUAGAAUCUGUAGCUAAAGUACCUGUGGAACCUAAAACAGUAGCUCAGACUCGCAAAGGCACCCGUGUCGCUCAUAUUCCACAGACAGUGCCUCAACUGAUUCGUUCAGAGCCGCUGCAAGUGACGACCCAGAAAUUUCCCCUUAAUAUUCGUCAGUAUUACGUGAAUCUUAUGCAUGAUAUUUGUAUACAAAUAUAUACGAGUGGUGAGGACGCAGCACAACGUGCAUUACGUGAGGAGCUGAACUGUCACAAUCGUUGUAAAGCCUUAACGGUUUACAAAAGUUCUUGUAUGGUAGCUGCGCACAGGUUGAGAAAGGAAGUAGAACAAAAUACGUGUGCUGGCGACGAUGAUUCGAUGCCAUCGGGCAGUGGAACUGUUUCUCAUGAUGCCGUACUUGCUGGUAAAAGUAAAGGGUCGUGGAGUGUUGUUAAAUCCAAAAAAGUAAUUACUGAUUUUAAGGGAUCUGCGCUUUAUAAUGUCCUUAAAAAGUGGAUUAUGAAUGAGCAACAGCUUAGAGACAAUGGCUUUCCACGACCUCAUCCUGAUAAGAUUAAGGGAAGAGCUAAAAUUUAUACAAUAAAUACACGCAAUCAAUCGAUUGUAUCUAAAGUGCCUAAUGAAAGAUAUUGCAGUCGCUGCAAUAAGCCUUAUAUGGUAGACAAAUUUGGAUUUGCAGUACAAAAACAAAAUUGUAUUUACCAUUGGGGACGUAAGUUUACCAUCCGCGGUGAGGGGAAAUACAGUUGUUGUCAACAAUAUGGUUCGGCGACUGGUUGUGCUGAUGCUCAAAACCACGUCUGGGAUAAAGUUGACUAUGAAAAUUUACGCGGUUACGUUCAAACUUUACCCAGAGAUAUUUCAGAUGAAAAUCAGGGAGUUUAUGCACUCGAUUGUGAAAUGUGUUACACGACACAAGGUCUAGAGUUGACUCGGGUAACCGUUAUUAACGAUGACUGUAAAACUAUAUACGAAACACUGGUUAAGCCUGAUAAUCGUAUCAUUGAUUAUAAUACAAGAUUCUCUGGAAUAACGGAAGAAAAUAUGAUAGGAGUAACUACAACAAUUCUUGACGUACAAGCUACGUUACUAUCAAUGUUUUCCGAGAAAACAAUACUGAUAGGCCACAGUUUAGAGAGUGAUUUUAAAGCUCUUAAACUUAUUCACAAUACUGUUGUAGAUACUAGUGUCGUAUUUCCACACAAAAAUGGUUAUCCUCAGAAACGUGCUCUGAAGAACUUAUGCUCUGAGUAUCUUCGUAAAAUAAUCCAAAAUGACGUCGGAGGUCAUGACUCCAGUGAAGACGCGAUAGCUUGUAUGGAACUCAUGCAAUGGAAAGUUAAAGAAGACGCUAAGUUACUCUAA